AAUAAGUGUUCCACCAGUAACAAGUGGUUUCCUGCUAGUCUUAUCUGCCGUUUGUAUUCAGUAUUGCCUACAGCAGUAGGGUCGUUAGGUGUGAAUGUGAUAGUUGAUUCUCUAAUGAUACUCAUGAUCAACUAAUUAAGAUUACAAAAUGAAGAAAUUUUAAGAUUUCUGGUUAUUUAUUAAAUUCAAUACGAUAAAAAUAACAUUUCACUAAGAUUAUUUAAAUUGAGUUCUACUUGAAUUCUAAAAAAUGGAUAACCAAGAAGAAAAAAACUAUAUCAUUAACUAUCACUUAAUAAAGAUUUACAAAAUGUAUCAUAUAUUUUAUCCAAAAAACAAACCUGGCUUAAAAAUUGGAAAAUACAACAUAAACUAUUAUGCUAUUAAUCCAUUUCUUUCGUUUCUCGAUUUAAUAGUAUUUAUAAGCUGUUUUAUUGGGUUUUUCUUCGUAUAUAAUGAUUUGUACGCACUUUUUCAAAUAUCAUUAUCAUUCUUUUGUGCUUUUAAUAGAAUUUUCAAAACUAUAAGAUUUACGCGGAAAUUUGAUGAACUCUGGAAGUUAUUUGAUGUGAUGAGAGAUGAUUUUUUAUCACAUAAUUGUUACAGAAAAGAUAUAUUUCAGCAUUAUAAGAAAAAAUGCAUAGUAGUGAUAAAUAUUUACGCGACGAUAUGGUUCAUAUCUCUUAUUAUAUGGAUUUUAAAUCCUUUAAUGAUGAAAGAGAUUACUGUAGAAAAUCGACAAGGCAAUUUUGUGAUUUAUAGAAAUUCUCCUCUCCAAAUAUUUUUUUCUGUUAUGUCGUAUGAACAUUACGAAAAAAUGUACAUAUUAAUUUAUUUAAUAGAAUCAGCUGUUCUUGUGAGUGCAGUUUUAGACAUUUUACUAUAUGAUAUUACCGUAAUUGAGCUAUGCUGGAUGUUAUCUGCACAAUUCAAAAUGAUUGCUUCUAAGUAUGAAACUUUUGGCUAUCAACAUACAAAUAAUGAAGAAGAAAAUAACAACAAUUCUGUCGAAAAUUUAAGGAAUGUAAUUAUAAAUCACAUACACAUUAUUAAGAAAAUUAAAAAUUUUUAUGAAUUAUUCAAGCCUAUUACAAUAGUUCAAAUGGGAAUAAUGUCUAAUGUUUAUAUUGCAUUAACUUUUUUAUGUGUUUUGUUUUAUUUCAAAAGUGGAAUGUUGUUGUCACUGAUUUUUUUAAAGUUCGUAUGUAGUUCAUUGGCAAUAAUGAUGCAUUUAUACAUCUCAGGAUAUUUUUUUGAUUAUUUAGAAAAUGAGAGGAAUUCUAUGAUUUACGCGAUUUAUAGUUGUAAUUGGACCAAUCAAAACAUGGAGUUAAAAAAAAUGUUGCUUAUGGCUUUUAGUAUGAAUAAUGGUUGUAAUAUAGUCAUGCGGUUGACGCCAACAAAGUUUGUCAAUAUAGAAAUGUUUGCCAAAGUAAUGAAUGUAACAUAUUCAAUUAUUUCGCUAUUAACAAAAAAGAAGCUAGUAGAACAAUCUCAUUAAAUUUAUAUUGAUUCAAAUCGAAGAAAAAAAAUUAAAAAAUAAGCAAAUUAUGUUUUAAUUAGAAUAUAAAUUUAAAAACAAAUUUAUUAAAAUAAUUAAAAAUAAUAAAAAGUUAGUUAACUAAUAUUUUAGCUAAUUUUGAUGGAAGAAAUUAAAAAAAGUAUUAAAAAAAAUAAUAUUUAAUUAUCACCUAAAUCAGUAAACUUAAAAUUAAUAUGUACAUAAUAAAACAAUAAUUCAGUAUAAUGUUAACUAAAAAAUAAAAAUUAAGUAUAAAUAUUCAGAGUAGAACUCUAUUUAAUGAGUAAUGAACUGAAACAAAAGUUUAAAUAAAAGCGUACACUUACACCAUUGAUAGGGUAUUAGUCCAGUUAGUAUUCAAUACGUUUUAAAAAGCUAAUAAAGAAAUAAAUACCGAGUAUUUUUACUAGAAAUAACAAAAUAAUAAUCAUCACAUAGCUUGUUGAAUUUAGUAAUUUUGUAAAUCAAUAUCAUAAUAUUCAAUUAUAAUGUGUGAAAGAAAAAAAUUAGUCAUUUAGGAAUACAUUUUGCGUCUCAUAAAA